AUGGAUCAGUUCAAGAAAUGCGUGGUUACUCAUGAUUGGAAUGCUGAAUCUGAUGGUGAACUGGACUUGUCAUGUGGAACAAUCAUUUCUUCCACAGAGAGCCAGUUUGAAAGAUGGUUUCAAGGUGAACUGAAUGGAAAAUUCGGGUUUUUUCCUGCGAACCAUGCCAAAGUUCUUCGUUCUGGAAACGACGAACUGGUAAAGUUCAACGCGGAUGAUUUCAAGUUGCCCGGCGAAAUUUGGACUCUGGAUAACUUGAAAAUUGAUGAAGGAACUACGGCGACUAUAUUCACAGUUGAUGUGAAGCUCAACAAAAUUCUAGAUGAAGGAUUAUUUCCAGUUUUCAAACUAAAGCAAGAAGCUGAAGUGCUGAGCAAACUCUCUCACAAAAACAUCAUUCGAUCAUUUGGAAUCUGUUGCGAAGGUCCCUUCUUUGGCUUGGUUCUUGAAUGUUGUAGAGGAUCUUCAUUAAAAACGAUCUGCCGGAGUUUAACUCCGGACUCAUGGGUCCCAUUGAAUGUUUCAGCCAAUUGGGCAAAACAAAUUGCUGAAGGAAUGGAGUAUCUCUCUUGGAAAGGAUAUAUUCAUCGAGAUUUGAAAGCUCAUGAUGUUUUGGUCAAAGACAAUGUUUGUAUGCGUACUGAUACAAAUUCGAUGAAAUCUAACUUGUGCCAGCAUUGUGGAAAGAAACCAUUGAACCAGCUUCGGUUGAAAAUCAGUGAUUUCGGAGAUUCCAGAAAAGUCUCCCCUGACUCGGAGUAUGAUAUUGCUGGAUCCUAUGCGUGGAUUGCCCCUGAAGCAUUCCGUGAUAAUAUCUGGUCGGAAGCUUCUGAUGUUUGGUCAUAUGGAGUGGUUCUCUGGGAGAUCUUCACAAGAAAACAUCCAUUCAGUGGACAAAACUGGCCAGCAGCAGCGUUUCAGAAUGUUAACGGUCAGAAACUUGCAAUAUACGACACAUUUCCCAUCAAAUGGAAGAAGCUCAUGCUGCCUUGUUGGGAUUUGGAUCCGCAACGUCGACCAAAGUUUUCGGAGCUCGCGACUGGAUUUUGGAACUACGAAGUCGAGUUAAACAUCGUUUAUUCAGUUGGUGUUGAUUUCACAACUCCAACACUUCCAACACCUACAACUGAUUGUUCACUUGACGUAUCGACAACGAAUUCCAAUAGUUGGGAACAUGGAACUGAGCAGCUAGAAGAGAUGUCUUCAACAAUUAAAGGAUCGGGUUCAUCAUGGGUAUACAAUAAUCGGAACACCGACUGUGAUAUGUACGAAUCGGGAAUAAUGAAGAAAACAAAAAUCAAGGAGACAUCGGUGUAA